GCCGGGCACGUGACCGCUAGUGCCCCUCCCGAGUCCAAGGCGGUGGCUCCCACCGUCCGAUCGUGUCCGGUGUGUCCUGGGCCGCCGCCUUCUCCGCGAGCGGCUGCUUCCCGGUCCCGCGGCCUCGCUGCCGAGUGUCCGGAGCGGCCUUGUGCGCUUCUCCGGGCCCGGAGAUGUGAAAAGGACACAGACCUGGCUCUGGAGAAGAUCCCCAGGGCCCUGGACGCCCUGGCGUCUCAUCCCAGUGGCCUGUGGAAGGCACCAUUGCUGCUUGGCGAUGUGGUCAUCUUCUUCACCCAGGAGGAGUGGGCCUUGUUGAGUGCUGCUCAGAAGAAACUCUACAGGGACGUGAUGAUGGAAAUCUUAGAAAACCUGGACUUCAUAGGGGAGACACCUUAUCAAUGUACAGAUGGUGGGGAAACCUUUUCUCAAUCAGGGAACCUCACUUCACAUCGAGCAGUUCACACAGGGGAGAGACCUUACGGUGUGAAACCUUACGAUUGUCAGGACCUUGGGAAAACAUUUUCACAAGCAAAUAUUGUAACUGUACAUAGAAGAGUUCACACAGGAGAGAGACCUUAUGAAUGUCAGGACUGUGGGAAAAAGUUUUCACAUUCACGUCACCUCAUGUUACACAGAAGACUUCACACAGGAGAGAGACCUUACAAAUGUCAGGAGUGUGGGAAAACAUUUACCCGGUCAGGUCCGCUCAGGUUACAUAGAAGAAUUCACACAGGAGACAGACCAUAUGGAUGUCAGGAGUGUGGGAAAACAUUUUCACUAUCAGGUCACCUCACGUUACAUAGAAGGAUUCACACAGGAGAAAGACCUUACGAAUGUCAGGACUGUGGGAAAACAUUUUCACGGUCAAGUCACCUCACGUCACAUAGAAGAGUUCACACGGGAGAGAGACCUUAUGCAUGUCAGGAAUGUGGGAAAACAUUUCGCAAGUCAAGUCGCCUCACUGAACAUAGAAGAAUUCACACAGGAGAGAGACCUUACGAAUGUCAGGAAUGUGGGAAAACAUUUUCUAGAUCACAUCAGCUCACACUCCACAGAAGAAUUCACACAGGAGAGAGACCUUACGAAUGUCAGGUCUGUGGGAAAACGUUUUCACAGUCAGGUCAGCUCACGUUACAUAGAAGAAUUCACACAGGAGACAGAUCUUAUGAAUGUCAAGAAUGUGGGAAAACCUUUGCCCGAUCAGAUCAGCUCACUCUGCAUAGAAGAAUUCACACAGGAGAGAGACCAUACGCAUGUCAGGAAUGUGGGAAAACAUUUUCAAAUUCAGGCGCCCUCACUGUACAUAGAAGAGUCCACACAGGAGAGAGACCUUACACAUGUCAGGAAUGUGGGAAAACAUUUUCACAAAGAAAUGGCCUUGUAGCACAUAAGACAAUUCACACAGGAGAGAGACCUUAUGAAUGUCAGGACUGUGGAAAAACAUUUCGCAAGUCAAGUUGUCUCACGUUACAUAGAAGAGUUCACACAGGAGAGAGACCUUACGAAUGUCAGGACUGUGGGAAAACAUUUUCUGGAACACAUCAGCUCACACUGAGGCCGCUACUGCGGCCCGAUCGUGUCCAGUGUGUCCGGAGCAGCGGUCUUCCUGUCCUCGCCAGGCGCUUCCGCUUCCCGCCAUUCCUGCCACGUGGCCCCAACUGCUGA